AUGUUCGGACCAGGUGGCAUACUUUGCGUGUGCUUGGUUGCUUGUGCGGCGUUGAGCGCAGCAGUACCGGCUCAGCUGGAUACUCGGGACGUGUCUCUUGAGAGCUUGAAGGAAUUUACUCUCUUCGCAGAGUAUGCUGCCGCAGCGUACUGCGACGAAAACCUCGAGUCCCCCGGGACCAAAGUGCGGUGCCCCAAGGGUAACUGUCCAACAGUGGAAAAGGCCGACACGAAAACCCUUACUGAGUUUCACGGGAGAUAUGAAUACGGCGACGUCGCUGGAUUCCUGGCCGCUGACGCGACUAACAAACGCUUGGUGCUGUCGUUCCGCGGCACCCGGAGUCUCAGCACUUGGAUCGCGAACUUGGACCUCGUCCUGGAAGAACUGAACGAUGAGCUGUGCCUCGGUUGCAGUGCACAUCGGGGAUUCUGGAAGUCGUGGCAGACUGUCGAGAAGAACUUGACAGAGGAGAUUGAUUUGGCCCUCAAGGCCCGUCCGGGUUACUCCGUGACGCUCACCGGGCAUAGCUACGGCGCUGCCCUCGCGACGUUGGGGGCGGUCGCUUUGCGGAAUGCAGGAUAUAAGAUUGAGCUGUACACAUAUGGUUCCCCCCGGGUGGGAAAUACCGAGCUGGCGGAGUAUAUCACGGCGCAUGGACCGAAUUACCGCGUUACUCAUUCGAACGAUAUUGUCCCCCGGCUGCCGAGUCAUAUCUUGGGAUAUACACAUUCCAGUCCGGAGUACUGGAUCACCACCGAAAACGACAUGAAGGUCACUUCGUCGGAUAUCAAAGUGAUUGACGGAGUGGGUUCGGAUGAAGGAAACGCGGGGUCCGGGUUAGACAUGAGUAUUCCAGCGCAUACGUGGUACUUUGUAGAAAUCGACACCUGUGAAUAA